UACUUAUGACUAGGCCAAGGCGCCAGCUUCCUUGCUUCGACGCCGUCGUCUAGGUCGCGGGUUAGUCUCCGAGUAGAAAGAGAGAGAGGGGUGAGAGAAGCCCGGUGCGUAAUAAACCGCAUUACCACAUACAGUUUGGCUUGGGCAUCCAGGAUGAAGGCCCUGCUCCAAAAUAUCGUGCCGCCGUGGCCCGGCGAUGCCGCCGCGGCGCUCCGGGCGAACCUGGCGCUGUCCCUCCCGGAGCCCCUUUCGCGCGUCCCGCCGUGGGCGGCCCUCGCUGCCAUCGCUGUGGUGGCCUACCUCGCACUCGUGCGGACGCUGCGCUUCCGGGCGCUCCGGGCGCUGGAGCGCAAGCACGCGGACCUGCUGGCGCCGGGGGCGGACCCGUACGCGAUGGGGUACCGGCGGGCGGCGGAGAUCUCGCGGCUGGCGCUGCUGGGGGACACGCCGUUCCUGUUCUACUUCGGGACGCAGUGGGCGCUGGUGAAGAGCUACGCGAUGGCGACGGGGACGCCGCUGCUGGCGGCCACGCGGCAGCUGGCGGACGGGCGGCGCGUCGGGCGGCGUGCCGAGGACACGGCCCUGCUGCUCGUCGAGCUGCUCGCCGGCGACCUCGACGCGCCCCGCGGCCGCGCCGCCCUCGCCCGCCUCAACUGGCUCCACGCCCGCUACGCCGCCCGCAUCCGCCCCGCCGACUACGUCCACACCCUCGCCCUCUUCGUCCUCGAGCCCGCCCGCUGGGUCGCCCGCUACGACUGGCGGCCCCUCUCCCCGCUCGAGCGCGUCGCCUACUUCGUCUACUGGCGCGAGAUCGCCCGCCGCAUGGGCUUCGCCGACCUCGUGCCCCCCACCCUCGACGCCCUCGACGCCUGGCGCCAGGCCUACGAGGCCGAGCACAUGUACUUCGUCCCCUCCAACCGCACCGUCGCCGACGCCACCGUCGGCCUCUUCCUCCGCAGCUGGCCCGCCCCGCUGCGCGGCUUCGCCCGCUCCGUCUUCCUCGCCUUCCUCGACGAGAAGCCCGUCCGCGAGGCCCUCGGGUACGACGACCCGCCGGCCUGGGCCACCGCCCUGACGUCGGGCAUCCUGCGGCUGCGCGGCUUCGUCCUGCGCCACCUGUUCCUGCCGCGGUGGGCGCCGAUGGACCCGCUGGCGCGCGCCGGCCCGGACGGGCGCCUCUACCAGAACGUGUGGUAUGUCGGGUUCGAGCCGUGGUACGUCGCCGACACGUGGUGGAACCGCGCGGUGCUGUGGGUGACAACGGGCGGGCGCGUGCGGCUGGGUGGCGCGUUUCCCGGCCGCCCGGGCGGCGGAUACCUACCGGAGGAGCUGGGGCCCGUUGAGUUUGAGAAGCUUGGGCAAGAUGAGGUGCGGGAGCAGGCGGAGGCUAUGAAGCGGUUUGGAGCGCCGCAGCAGAGGAAGGAUGGGGCAUACCCGGAGGCGGUGGGAUGUCCACUCGCAUUCGGGUUUUGAUCGUCGACCAUGGUCUAUACAUUUGGACUUAUAUAUCGCCAAGCAUAGGGCCUCACAUCUAAAUCUAACGUAAUAGGUGCUGACGCAAUUAUCGGCGCCAACUAGGUACUAUUUAUUAGGCAUA